UGGAAGGGUAUUUGGCAUCUCAAGGCUCACAGAAAGAGGCAGGACGCAACACCUCCAGCGGCCUUGACCUCGAUCGUAUCGCAGCGCUUGGCGGGGUUGGACCACCUCAGCGAGGGAUUGCGAGGUUGGAAUGAUGGAGAACCGUGGUUGUUUCGCUUGCGUGCCUCAGACUACAUGAAAACGCGGCAGAAACUUCGGAGUGGCGAUGCUACCUACCGUUGCAUCGGCGUGGAGGUCUUGCAGGCACCAUUUCAACUUUACAGCUGCCUCGAAGGCCUGUACCCGCAGACAAGUACAUCCUCAGCACUUCCCAAGGUCAUUCUGGUGCAUUUUCAAUUGCCACUGAAGCCUGGACCAAUCUAUGGCUCUCAUCCUGCAGAUGACCCUGGCUGCAGCGUGGUGAUUUUUUUCAAAUUAAAGGAGCCUGUGCUGGAUUCCCCAGCUCUGGGGCUCCUUCAAAGAUUUCUGGAGGCGGAUCAUCCGAAAACGGAGGGCUUUGCAGUCAGUGGCUGCUUGAAGGUUGUUGGUCUCUUGGAAAAUCUUGAUGAGCUGGAUAUUCCUGCUGCUGCAAGGCCGGUUGUGCGAAAGUUCAAUGGCAAACCGGUUUUGAUUGAGAAGGAGAGUCGGCACUUGCGAUUCGGCGACGCUCUGGAGAUUUUGGUUGAUGUGCGGGGCUUCAAUCCGCUGGCCCGACAACUGCUGUGCAGGCUGCGAGGUCAAUUGCCCAAAUCCGUCAUGCAACUGGGUAUUUUGGUGCAAGGUGUUGAAGACUUUGAGCUGCCAGAGGGAUUUCUGGGUGUAGCGCGACUAGAUGGCCUGGACUUGUUGAAUGGCCGGUCCGUGGAGAUACCCAGCUCGCCACGAAGUCCCAUGACAGGACCACAAGAGACUACAAGAGCUACCUUGCCCUGCACAGGUUGGUGCUGUCGUCGCAAGAAGGGGACAUGAGUUGUGGCUUCUCGUGAGCUGCGCGGGAGUGCAGAAGCAGGAGUCAAACUUCGCGGCAAGGGUGCUGACUUGGUAGAUUGGAGACAGCUGCGACAUUGAAGCAACGCAAUAAAGGAGAUCCAAUGUCAUGAAGACCAGGAGAUUGCCCUGCGACACUUGAACUCUGAGGAUUCAGCCGGUCAUGGAAGAGGAAACCAGCGACUCGGUUGACUCGGUGUCAGGCUGAGCCGGCCUUGCGGCUGCAUAUCCCCAGUUGCCACUGAAACAUGCUGAAGCAUGCUGGCGCAGGGGAGAUGAAGCAGUUGAAUUGAAAGUGCGAAUGAUGUGUCCCAUCUUCCUCAAAUUCGAAAAAA